AUGGAGUCGCCAGUCAACACGGACCCGCAGUCGAUGCUCGACCCACGCACUCGAUUCUCCUUCUUCAAUUGGACCAUGACCUAUCGGCUCGAUUCCGACAUUGUCCAGCGUGAUUCCUACGGCUUUGUUGUCCCGCGUUCAAAGCAUCCCAUCAGCGCAAUGAGCUAUCCGACCUUCCAGCACAGCGGUGACGUCACGACAUCCAGCCCAUCACCAUCCAGCGGCAAGAAGAAACUGACGGCCUGGUUCGUGUCCAACUGCGUCACGUCCAUCCACCGGGAAGAUUACGUGAAGGAACUGGGCCGACACGUACCUGUGGACAUUUACGGCAAAUGCGGCAACUUGUCCUGCGGCGACAGAUGCCUGGAAAUGAUUCGCAGCGAUUACAAGUUCUACGUGGCGUUCGAGAAUUCAUUUUGCACCGAUUACGUGACGGAGAAAUUGACGAGGGCCCUCCUCUACGACGCCGUGCCCAUCGUCAUGGGCGGAGUGGAUUACAACCGAUUCGCACCGCCUCAUUCAUUUAUUGAUGCCAAAGACUUUGACUCACCUGAGCAACUUGGCAAUUAUCUUCUCUUAUUGAACGCGUCAGAUUCGCUGUAUGGGCGCUACUUUGAGUGGAAGCGACAUUUCAAUGUCCAGUUGACGACCAAACAGGGCUGGUGUCACCUGUGCAAAUUGGCCAACGACGAACGAUUGCCGUCCAAGACGUACGACGACAUUUUCCAGUGGUGGGUCGACGAUCCCGAUACCUGCAAUUUAAAGGUUGGAGAUACGCCCAUUCAGAGAACAUCAUAG